GAUUUACGGAACACGGAACGUUUUAUUUGAUUAUUAUUUUAUUACAAAUAGCGGUUCUUUUAAAAUAAAUCUUGUAAAAUCUUAGUAAAGAUGGUCGUAAAAGUUGGAAUUAAUGGAUUUGGUCGCAUUGGCAGAGUAGUUUUUAGAACUUGUCUAGAAAAUGAAAACAUUCAAAUCGCAGCUUUAAAUGAUCCUGCUAUAAACGUAGAAUAUAUCGCAUACCUCAUAAAAUUUGAUUCCACCCACGGUAGAUUUAAGGGCACUGUAACUCACACUGAAACGGAGGUGAUAAUCGAUGGAAAGAAAAUUAAAGUUUACCACGAGAAAUUACCAGUGACCAUACCAUGGGCGGACACUGGCACGAAGUAUGUUGUAGAAGCUUCAGGACUGUUCACUACUCUCGAGAGAGCAUGUGGCCACCUGCGCAGCUCCAGCGUGCGGCGAGUGCUGGUGACGGCCCCCAGCGCCGACGUGCCCAUGUUCAUUGUGGGCGUCAACGAACACACCAUGAGGACUGACCACAAGGUGGUAUCUUGCGCGUCGAGCACCCUGUACUGCCUGGCUCCCAUCAUCAAGAUCCUGCAGGAUGUCUUCGGCGUGGAGGAGGGCUUCGUGACCAGCAUCCACGCCAUGACACCUUCGUUGAAACCCCUGGAUGGACUGUGCUUGAGGGGAAAGCACUGGCGAGACCACAGAAGCAUUCUCCAGAACAUCAUCCCCGCGAACACGGGCGCUUGCAAGGCUCUGCCCAGGAUCAUUCCUCAGAUCAAAGACAAGCUGCAGGGAAUAGCGUUCAGAGUGCCCAUAGUCAAUGUGUCCGUUUUGGAUAUCUCCGUCAGACUAUCAUCAGAUACUAGCUUACCAAUUAUCGUCAAACAUGUUGACCUGGCCGGAAGAACAACAAUGAAGAACAUUAUAAAGACAUCGUCGGAAGAAGCAGUGUCCUCAGACUUCAUAGGAGACAGCUGUUCCUGUAUUGUAGACGUCAAUUCUUGUCUCCAACUCAAAUCUAACUUCUACAAAAUAGUAUGUUGGUAUGAGAACGAGUACUCCUACGCAUGCAGGAUCGUUGACAUGAUACUUCUAUCGGAAAAAUCUGGACAGAACAGAUUGCUAUCCAAAAUGACUAUCUUACGACCGCUUCUAUCGAUGAAUCAAAACUUUUUGCAGCAAACAGAGCUCAGUGCACGAUCUAUUACUGUUUCUGAUCAACUAUCUCAAUACAGCGAUGAUACCUUUAUAAGUGUAAAUAUUUCAGAAUCUAACAAAGCUUAUAGAAAUAUAGCUCUCACAUGUAAUCGUUGUAUGAACAGCACUCUAAUGAAAUCUAACAUGUUUCCAAAAGUAGAGCCUGAAAAAUCAUUCAACACGGUUAAGCAAUCUAUGUUUGAUGCAGCAAGCAAUUCUGCUGAGGCUUUAACGGAUGAUACAAAAGAGCACAGUGUGAAACGCGGUGAUAAAACAACUGAAACGUACUCUUAUAGCACUAAUAGCAAAGAUAACAGUGCCGAAUUAGUAGCGAAGAGAGUGAAAUCCACUAUGGCAAUUAAAAUAUGGAAUGACGAACAUAAAGAAAAGCAAUUUAAAGAGGCUGGAAAUUCGUGUUUCCAACGAUACGACGCAGAGCGUAGUAAAGGUUUAAAUAGUUACUCGAAAACGCAAGAACGUUUGGAAGCUGUUAAAAAAGAGUUUAAUAAGAUGGUUAAUAUAACGGAAGAUUUGCUGAGAAAGUCAUUUAAUAGCAAGAUUAAUAUUAGUUCCGUUGGAAAAAUAUCAGUGCAAGAGCCUGAACCAUCCAACGCAACCGUGACUACUCAGUCAGACGCAAGCAGCAAAAUUUUUAACGCCAUGGUUGUGACAAAACAUACUUCAUCAAUGAUAUCAGAUCCUCCAACUGCUCGAGAAGAAAUGGCUGAAUGCUCUUCCCAUAAAUCUGCUACUAUGAAAAAAAAUAAAACAGAAUCCAUAGAUACAGUAUCGUAUGGAACAACUGAUAUAAGCAGUAUUGAUGAUACUAUCUUGAACCAGCAACAAGGCGUCACGGAAAUCCAAUAUAAACAUUCUGAUACAUCAAGCGAUUUAGUUGACAUACAGGCGUUGAUAUUUGACCCACAAAUGUUUAUCAAAGAGAUCCUAGUCACCAGACCACGCGUUAAAAUGAUACCAAAUUCAUUAAAAAAUACCGAAAUAAUCAUGGAAAAUGUCCUUUCCGAAAUUACUAAUUAUCAUGAUAAUGGCGAAGAUACUAUGAAAAAAGUUCAUAAUUCAAAGAAUGGUCUCAGUGACAAACUAGUUGAAUCACCUAAACACGAUUUAGUUAUAAAAUCAAAACAUGAAAUUUAUGAAAAAAGAAAUGUACAAGUGGAAGAAACCACAUGGAAACACCACAACAUUGAUGAAAAGCUAGAAAAUUCGGAUAGAUAUGAUCAAGAAAGUAUACUGAAUCCAACAGAAAGGGGCAUAGAGCUAUGCAAUAAUUCUGUUUCACUUGUCCUUUCAAAACUAAAGGCUAAAUCACAGGAACCACUGAAUGGGAGUAAUCCAAUUGAGCAAAUGCAAUCCUCUAUGAAAUCAAUACAUAGUAUGAACAUAAAAUCACAAUCUCAUGAAAAUAUGAAGAGGAGCCUUCCAUCAACUACCCGCAUUAUAAACCACAACACGCCCGUAGCUAACCCAGUAAACGUGGACGAAAAUAACGACCAUCGCACCAAAUACACAAUAGAUGUGAAAGAAGGCAACCACAGAAUAAACCCAAGUAAUUUUGGAAAUAUAACAAACUUAUUUCGGAAAGAUAAGAAAUGGGACACACGCACGAUUGAAACAAUUUUGGAGGAAUUACGGAGACGUCGUUCUGAGUUGAACAAACGUGAUGAGAAACGCAACCACGAUGACGAGAAAAUGCGAGUCGUUGAAAGUAAACAUUGUAUUGCAAUUAAUGAUUGUAAAGAGGGGAAAGACAAAUGGUGGAAUGACAUCACAAAAAUGCGUCUACAUGGGACCUCUAAUGUUAGCAGCGGUCGACUUGUAAGUCCUCCUAUCACGAUAUACGAAGACCGAAGACCAAAAGAAGACAUUUAUGAUAAAUUGGACAGCAUCAGCCUUACAGAUUCUGAAAACUCCUUUCACAUGAGAGAAAGACAGUCUGAAGUUAUAACAGUGAGUGAUCUGUCGAAUUCGAUGGACGAUUUUAAGAAUUUGGAAAAGGUUUGCCAAAUAUUAGAGAUCUCUGAUGACUUAUCCGAUAGACUCCUGGCGUCGUUGGACAAUGAACCCAACACAGACUCCGCAAGUCGAUGGUCCUUUAAAGAGUUCUGCAAAAGGAUCAAGUUAGAUGAAUUCUGUAGUGAAGUGUUUGGAAGCUCCGAAAUGUAGGGUUUCUUCUCAUAAAUUGUGAAUGUUAGUAACUUAAACACGUUUGUUUUUAUAAUAAAAGUAUUUAUUUAUAUA